GAAGGCGCAGCGGGUUCGUCCGCCUUCGCUGUGGCCACUGCGGCCCGUAGCUAAGGGGAGCGCAGGCGAGCUCGAAGCCGCGCCAUGGUCUCAGUGAGCUUUGAGGACGUGGCUGUGCACUUCACCCGGGACGAGUGGGCUUUGCUGGAUUCUUCCCAGAAGAGUCUGUACAGAGAUGUGAUGCUGGAGACCUGCAGGAGCCUCGCUGCCAUAGGAUACAAAUGGGAAGACCAGAACUUGGAAGACCAUUGUAUAAGUCCUGGGAGAAAUCUGAGAAGUUACAUGUUUCAGACCUUCUGUGAGAAUGAAGGUGAUGAUCAAGAUGGAGGAAACUUGCCUUGGAAACCAAAUCUCAGUAUGAACAUGAGAUGUUCCACUGGGUUAACCCCGUGGGAUCACAGGAUGUGGGGAAAGGCUUCCCCAAGCUACUCAUCCUCUAGGCAUACCACACCUCACUCUCAGUGUGCCGCACACGAGCAGGAGAAAUACGUGACCAAGCAGUACAACUCUGAUUCUCUGAGAACCUUCCAGCGGUACCUGAGAACUCACGUUGUGAAUGGGCCAUGUGAAUGUGAAGUAUGCUUAAAGUACUUUGGCUUUCCAGGUACACUGGAACUACACCAGGAAACUCAGAGUGAACACAAUCCCUAUCAAUACAAGGAAUAUGGGAAGACCUCUGUGGAUAUUAGUUCACUAUGCACACAUGGAGGAGCUCAGGCUGUAGGAAAAGGUUAUGAGUGUAACCAAUGUGGGAAAGCUCUGAGCUCUUACAGUUCACUUCGAAGACAUGAAAGAAUCCAUACUGAGAAAAAACCGUACAAGUGCAAACAGUGCGGGAAAGCCUUUCGAUACCACAGUUAUCUUCACUUACAUGAAAGAAUCCACACUGGUGAAAAACCCUAUGAAUGUAAACGAUGUGGGAAAGCAUUUAUAUUUCCUGGUGCCUUGCAGGUACAUGAAAAAAUUCAUACGGGAGAAAAACGUCAUGAAUGUAAACACUGUGGUAAAGCCUUUAGACGGCAUAGUGAUCUUCAAGUCCAUGAAAAAAUUCAUACAGGGGAAAAACCCUAUGUGUGUAAACAGUGUGGUAGAGCUUUUAGACUUAACAGCCAUCGUCAGAGACAUGAACAAACCCAUACUGAAGACAGACCCUUUAUAUGCAAACAGUGUGGCAGAUCUUUUGAAUGUUACAGUAAUCUUGAGUUACAUGAAAAAAUUCAUACCGGAGACAGACCUUUUGUUUGUACAGAAUGUGGCAAAGCUUUUGGAUGUUACAGUAACCUACAAUUACAUGAAAAAAUUCAUACUGGAGAUAGACCCUUUGUAUGUAAAGAAUGUGGUAAAGCCUUCAUAUGUCAUGGUCAUCUUCAGAGGCAUGAAACAACCCAUACUGGAGAAAAACCCUAUGGAUGUAAACAAUGCGGCAAAGCCUUCAGUCGUAACAGUCAUCUUCAAAGACAUGAGAGAACUCACAGGCAAAUGUCUACAUGCCCCAGAAAAUGACUCAGUCCAGUUAGGCAAACCAAUGGUUGUAUUAGGGUUACUUCUAGGACCAUGGACAGCUUACAGACAACUGUAUCUUCAAAAUGCUACUCCAGCCUGAGUUCUCACUCACAGGAACUACCACCCUGGAGAUCUCUGCAAAGCUUGCAGGCUACUCAUCUGACAGGAAAGUCUCUUCACUCAGCAACUGUUUACUGCUUUUGUAACCUUGGAGAAAGGCCUUGUAAAUCUUUUAAGGCUUAGUUUUCUGCAGUUUGGUAGUUGUUUGUUUCCCAAGUCUCUAGCCUCCCCAUCUCAAUCCAAAGGGAAUCGUUAGCAGUCCAUCUUACUGUUAAAUUUUGUAAUGUUUUUGAAUCUUGGGUGGUAUAAACGACCAGCUCUGACUAAGCAUUGAGAUCCUCUACCACAACCCUCACUUAGCAGCUUUGCUGCAGACCCUCUCGGUCCCUUUGCAUCGAACGGGUCUCUGGGGCAGGUGGGCAAGGCAUCGGCAGGUGACAGACAGACCAACACAUGAG